AUGGCCGACGAGGAGAGGGUCCCCGCCCCCUACUUUCAAGAUGAUGAAGAGGGAGGGGCGUCCGACGAGGGCGAAGGUGUCGAUCUCAUCAAGUCACAUGGCAACCUUGUUGGCUCCGGAGGUGAGGAUAGUAGCGACGAAGAAGAGGACGACGAUCCGGAAGAAGCUCGACGCGUUGCAGAAGGCUUUAUCGCCGAGGACGACGAGGAAGAGGAAGAAGACAGCGAAGCACGCAGAGAUCGUAGAAGGCGCAGAAAGAAAAAGAGAAAGCAGAACGAACAAGACUUUGAGGUCGACGAGGACGAUCUCGAGCUGCUCGCCGAAAACACCGGUCAACCUCGUCGCAAGGAGGCUGGCCGUCUCAAGCGUUUCCGACGAGGUUCCGCUUCUCCACCCGCAGAUGACGAAGCCGCUGCUAGGCAAAGGACGCUUGACCAGAUCUUUGAGGAUGACGACGAAGACGAGGACGACAUUCGCUCAGGUCGCCGCGGCGUCAACUACGACGAUGAUGACGAAGACCUGCCAUCGGUCGGUCAAGCACUUCGAGCCGGCGUAGCCCGCAAGCAACGCGAAGUCGUUGGAGCAUAUGAAGAUGACGGUCUCGACGAUUUCAUCGAAGAGGAUGAGGAUGACGAAGAGAUGCAGGGCCUCGACGAGGAGGAACGCGAAGCGAGACGCCAGCAGAGGCGCGAGGAGAAGCGCAAGGCCCGCCUGUCCGGGUCUGCAGCUGACCCUGCCAAGGCCGGCAUCGAUCAUGAAGCCUGGGACGAAAUCCACGAGAUCUUUGGUAAUGGCGAAGAUUACUUCUGGGCGCUCGAAGACGAGGAAGAAGACGCUUUUGACGAGGAAAAAAAGAACAAAAUGGAGUACAAGGACAUUUUUGAGCCAGCCCAGAUCGCAGAACGCAUGUUGACCGAAGACGAUGAGCGCAUCAAGCGCAUUGAUAUCCCCGAACGUCUCCAACUCGCUUGCCCAGGCGAAGAGGGUCUCAAGCUGCUCGAACGAAAGCUCACCGACACAGAGCUCUUCGAAGCAGCCAAAUGGGCCUCGACUCGUAUCUCACAAAGGACUGCCGCCGAAUUCCUCGACGAAGCCGGCCUCUUCCAUCGUCAACGCUCGGAAUUCAUCAACGCCGUUCAGCUCAUGCUCUCUUACAUGCUAAACGACCUGCUCGAAGUUCCGUUUCUCUUUCAGCACCGAUUCGAUGAGCUCGAACACCUCACCUUUGACGAAGUCGAACGACAGUACCGCAGCAUUGACCUCCUCACCCGCCGAGAGCUCUACACGCUCAGUGGCCUCGGUCUCAAGUUCAAAACCUUGCUCGUCCGCAAAGACCAGCUGCGCGCCACCUUCAACAAGAUUCACGUCGACGUUAAAACCGAGCCCAUUCAAGACGACGAGCUUGACGGUGGUUUGGACGCCAUGCCAGCAGAUGAAUCCCGAGCGGCUCGUGUCGAAUCCUCGCAACGUCAGAGGGCCAUCUUCGAGGACAUGCUUGCACAGGCCGCCAGUCUCGAGGAGAUCUCCGAUAUCACCGAGUAUCUCACCCUCCGUUACGGCCAGCAGAUGCGCGAUGCCCAGGCUCUUACAAGCAACGGCACAGAUCAAGCCGCUUCGGAUCUGCAAGGUCUCACUCUGACCAGCGACCCCCUGGUCAGCGCCACGCCUGCCUUUAAGAAGCCAAGUCUCGUCGGUCAGUACGAGCGCAACAAGAAGACCGUCCUUGCAGAGCUCGCAAAGAAGUUUGGCAUCACCUCCGACGAGCUCGCCUCAAACGUCACGAGUCAUACUCGCCAAUACUCGCCCCGCGACCCCGAGGAGUCGCCGUUCAAGUUUGCCGAGCAGUUCACAGGCUCUGCAUGGGGAGCACAUUCGCCAGAGAUUGCGCUCGCCAAGGCAAAGAUGAUGCUCAGCCAGGAGAUUGGCAAGGAUCCCAUCCUGAAGCGAGAGAUGCGUCAACUCUUCAAGGAUGCUGCCGAGAUCAACAUUGAGCCCACCGAACGUGGCAUGACGGUUAUCGACGACCAGCAUCCCUACGCUAACUUCAAGUUCAUCGCCAACAAGCCGGCUCGGCUUGUACCUCAAAACCCUUCUCAAUACUUGCAGAUGCUUCAAGCCGAGGACGAGCUUCUGAUCAAGCUCGACAUUGAUCUCAAAGACGUGGUUUUGACUCGUUUCGAGGCUCGACUCUACAACAACUACGCCAGCGAAGGCGUCGGUGAGCUCAGCAACGCGUGGAACGAGCAAAGGCGCGAUGUGAUCCGAGAGGCGCUCAAGACCCACCUCGUUCCCAACGGACGAAUCUGGCUCAAGGAGUUUCUUCGUGAAGAAUCGCGAGAGACUUUGCUGCGACACGUCGAUGUUCUCAUGACCAAGCGUGUUCAAGAGGGGCCGUUCAUGUCCAAGAGCAUGAUGGCACGCAACCGCGACCCCAAAAUCGAAGAAGAAGACCGCAUCCCACGUGUGCUGGCCGUCUCACAUGGCGGUGGCGAUCCACGAAAGGACGUCGUUCAGGCCGUCUAUCUGGACGAGCGUGGCCGCUUCCGUGAGCAUGCCACGUUCGAUGACCUUCGCCCUCUCAGCGCGCGCCAGAUGCAGGAGCGAGAGCUCGAGCUGGAACGUACGCGAGGCAAGGCCGAGUUUGUGGAUCACCGCGCUGACUUUGUCAAGCUGCUCAAGCAACGGAGGCCCGACAUUGUUGUCGUCAGUGGCUGGAGUGUGCGCACCGCCGAACUCAAAAGGCAUGUACAGGAGCUUGCCGACACGGCUCACCAGGAAAUAUGCGACGCGGACCGCCUGCAUUCCGACCUCGAACGUGACCAGGCGGUGAUCGACGUUGUCACCUGCCAUGACGACGUAGCGCGUAUCUAUCAGCACAGCAGCCGUGCUGCUGAGGAGUUCCCCGAACUUAGUGAACUCGGCCGCUACUGUCUUGCGCUCGCACGAUAUGCACAGUCACCUGUUAACGAAUUUGCAGCGCUUGGCAGCGAUUUGACCGCCGUCAUCCUCGACCCGAACCAGCGUCUGCUGCCGCAGGAUCGCCUGCGUCUACACUUUGAGCGUUGCAUCGGUGCGGUUGUCAACGAGAAUGGCGUCGAGAUCAAUCAGGCCAUGACUAGCACCUACUUGCAGACGAUGCUGCCGUUCGUGGCCGGUCUUGGUCCUAGAAAGGCGCAUGCACUUGUCAACGCCAUCAGCACCAAGCUGGAAGGUACGCUCAUCAACCGAACCUUGCUCAUCUCGCGCAACAUCCUGACCUUCCAGGUAUUCCAGAACUGCGCAUCCUUCCUGCGUAUCGAGCAAGAUAUGCUGCUCGAGGCGGACGAAGACGACGUGCCAGACGUGCUCGACAGCACACGCAUCCAUCCCGAGGACUACGAUUUCCCACGCAAGAUGGCUGCCGAUGCUCUCAACAAGCACGAGGAGGAUCUCGAAGGCGAACAUCCAAGUUUACCUUGCAAGGAGCUCAUGGAGGACGCCGAUCCGGCCGACAAGCUAAACACGCUCGAUCUGGACAACUACGCUACGAUGCUGUUCGAGCGCAAGGGCGAACGCAAGCGCGCGACGCUACACUCUUGUCGAACGGAGCUGAUCAAGCCAUACGACGACUUGCGCGAAAAGCAGAGCGAGCCGUCUCUGGAAGAGAUGCUGACCAUGUUCACGGGCGAGACUUCCAAGACGCUUGCGGAAGGAUUUGUCGUAUCGGUUGAGGUGACGCGGGUACAAGAAGGUAACCGUAUGCAGGAGGGGCACAUCAAGUGUCGCCUCGACUCUGGCAUCGAGGGUACCAUCGAAGCCGAACAUGCGGUGGAACACUACACGCCUGGAUCGGUGCGUCUGCGUGAUCUGGUGCGACCUCAGCAGACUCUGGACGCGCUCGUACGCAAGAUCGAUUACAAGAUGUGUACGGUGCAGCUGAGCAUUAGCCCUUGGGAGUUGCAGCAUCGUGCCACGCACCAGGGCAAGACGCCGAUCGACAUUAAGUUUUACGAUAGGAGAAAGGCAGAUCAGUGGAACGAACAUGCAGCAGCCAAGGCUAAGUUGCGAAUCCAGGCUCGUCGACAGAACCGUGUGAUUGACCAUCCGAACUACCACAACUUUAACUACAAGGCAGCUGUCACGUUUCUUCGUAGCCAGCCUCGAGGCACGGUUGUCGUGCGACCUAGCAGCAAGGGCGAUGACCACCUCGCGGUGACUUGGAAAGUGGACGACGAUGUGUACCAGAACAUCGACGUUACCGAGCUCGACAAGGAGAGCGAAUACUCGCUUGGACGCGUGUUGCGUAUCGAAGGUAUGGGCUCGUACUCGGAUCUGGACGAGCUCAUCGUUAACCACGUCAAGCCGAUGGUGCAUAUGGUGGAGAUGAUGAUGAAUCACGAAAAGUACAAGGGCGCCGACGAGGAAGACUUGCACCGUUUCUUGACCAACUGGUCGCUGGCCAAUCCGUCGAGAUCGGUCUACGCAUUUGGUUUGAACAAGGACCGACCUGGCUACUUUAACUUGUCGUUCAAGGCGAAUCGUGACGCGGCGAUCCAGACAUGGCCUGUCAAGGUGCUGCCUAACGCGUUCAAGCUGGGGCCUGCCGACCAGCUUGCCGAUGUUGCGGCGCUCUGCAACGCGUUCAAGACGCAGUACACCACACAAGCGAGUAUGGCACGUGGUGCAAAGACGCCAUACGGAGGCGGACGAACGCCUGCGCCAGGUAUGGGUGGCGCAACGCCUCUGGGCGGACGCACACCGUAUGGCGGUGUCAGGAACGGUAUGGCUGGUAGCGCGACGCCUGGCCAGGGUGUUGCAGGCGGUUACACUACACCGAUGAUCAACGUAGCUUCUGCAACACCGAAUCCGUACGGCGGAGCGUAUGGUCGCAACGGCGCUGCGGGAGGAUACGGAGCACCUGCAGCUGGCGGACCUCCUGGUCGUCCACCAUCAAUGCCUGGGGCUCCUCCCAUGAUGCCACCGGGCAUGGCCAGUGGCGGCGGUGCACCUUCGUACGCUCCACCUUUCGCGGGUGCGGGCGAACCUGGCCCGCCACCUGCACGCCCACCCGUACCCCACGGUAUGCACCCAGACCGUUUCGCACAGGCUGAAUAUGGUGGCGCCAGUCAGCAGUCGUACGGCGAAAACAGUGGUGGCGCGGGCGGAUAUGGAGGAGGAUACCGAGGUUAUUAG